AUGGGUUUGCUCUCCCUUGGAACGCCAUUGGAAUGGUUCGAGUCUCGUCAGCAUAACGAACAUGUUAGACAAAACGGUAUCGAGCAGCUGCUAUACAUUUUCCAAGCUGCAUAUGGUAGAAAAGACGACCCUCUGCUGUGGGGCGAUGAAAUCGAAUACAUGACAUGCAAAACAGACGAUACGCAACGGACCACUACGUUGGCCAUCGAUGACGACGACGUGCUUUCAGAACUCAACACAGAAGAUAAAGGCCUUUGCGAUGCCCAAAAUUUGUCUUUCCACCCGGAAUACGGUCGAUUCAUGAUUGAAGCCACUCCAGCACGGCCAUACGCUGGUUUUGCCAACGAAUACGUGGAGGAAAAUAUGGCUCGCAGACGAGACACUGCAGAAAAGAAAAUGCACGCCAGAGGCGCGGAUCUCUUGUCCCUCGCAGUUUUCCCAAGAAUGGGAUGCCCCGGAUUUACAGACAUCGCCCAGGUGUGGAGUUCUCGCAACGCAGCGUCGCGCUCCCUGUACUUGCCGGACCAAGUCAUCAAUCGCCACGCUCGAUUCCCUACUCUCACUGCAAACAUCCGCGCCAGACGCGGCGAAAAAGUGUGCAUCAAUAUUCCCAUGUACAAAGACGAGAACACCCCGGAGAUCGACGAUACGGUCUACCAGCGUGACUGGUUCACACCCGAAGACUUGGAGGCGCCCUCGGCCUCCAAGCCGGGACACAUCUAUUUGGAUUCCAUGGGAUUCGGAAUGGGAUGCAGCUGUUUGCAAUUGACUUUCCAAGCUCCAACUAUAGACAAGGCCAGAUAUCUGUACGAUUCCCUGGUAAACUUUGCUCCCAUAUUUCUGGCCGCGACUGCAGCGUCUCCAGCAUUCAAGGGCUGGUUGGCAGACCAGGACGUACGUUGGAACGUUAUUUCGGGGGCAGUCGACGAUCGCACGCCUUAUGAGCGAAGCGUGGCGCCGCUUUUGCCGGAAUACAACAACGAGAAUGGUCACUCCACUAUGCCGGAGCCGCAAAGAAUUCCCAAGUCCAGGUACAGUGCUGUGGACUUGUACCUCGGGGGUAACGCAUUCUUCGAGGGCAGGUUCAACGAUACAGAUGUUCCGCUCAACGAGGGUGUACUACAAAAACUACAAACGAAUUCUCUGUUCCCAAUGGACUACGAUUUGGCCCGGCAUUUUUCGCAUUUGUUCAUCAGAGAUCCUCUGGUGGUGUUCCAGGAACGUGUACACCAGGACAAUAAAAACUCGACAGACCAUUUCGAAAACAUUCAAAGUACCAAUUGGCAAACUCUACGGUUCAAACCUCCCACUCAGGCCGCAACGCCAUCAAACAAGGACGCUCCCGGAUGGCGUGUGGAGUUCAGGCCUAUGGAAAUUCAUAUAACGGAUUUCGAAAAUGCGGCCUACGCGAACUUUUUAUUUUUGGUUGUGGAGUGUCUGUUGAAGUUCAGUAACGAGAUCAAUUGUUACAUCCCCAUGUCGCAGGUGUGGCAGAAUAUGAAGCUUGCUCAUAGUCGCGACGCUGUUCUGCGUGAACGUUUCUACUGGAAAACAAAUUUCGCUACCGAGGGCUCUGGGAAGUUCACAAUGGCCGAAAUUUUCCACGAUCCUGCCUUUGGCAUCUUCCCUCAAUUUAUAGACCGCAUUCUGAAGGAUAGAAAGUAUGUUUCGUCAUCGUGGACCGAGCUCAAGAAUUCUUCUGAUCCCCCCAAAGUCAGGCUGUUUCACUACUUGAAAUUGGUGUCUGACAGAGCCACUGGAAAUUUGCCAACGAUUGCCAAUUUCCUGCGCAGAUACAUCACAGAACAUCCGGGCUACAAAAAAGAUUCCAGAGUUACCUCCGAUAUAAACUACGACAUGUUAAAGAUGGUCACCAGAAUCACGCAUUUGGAUGACUCUCAGGGCGAAUUAUCAAGAUUUUUGGGCACAGGAUUCGCGAGUUUUUUAUCUUCAAAUAGAUUAUAG